AAUUUAUAAUCUGUGAUAGUGUGAAUUGCAUUUGAUGACCACACAUUGCAUUGCCUUUGGAAACGCCACCCGAUAAAAAAGCGGAUUGUUAUUUACUGUUUUCUUCUUGUUAUUAGAUGUUCUUCGCUGAGUAGCCCUGCCCAUGGCGCCGUCUCCUGUACGAACUCCAUCAAUGUUGGAUCCAGCUGUACCUAUUCCUGUACUACUGGCUAUAAGCUAUCAGGCGGAUCGGUAGUAAGAUCUUGUUCACGUUCAGGGAAUUCAGGCCAAUGGACUGGAUCUGGAUUGGAAUGCAUCCGUGUAACGUGUAGCGCCCUCUCCAGUCCAUCCAGUGGCCAACUCACCUGUUCUGAUGGCAGUUACUACAGCAGUCGAUGCAGCAUAUCUUGCAACAAUGGAUAUACAUUGCAAGGCAGCUCUUCCCUCGUGUGUGGACAGUCUGGAAGUUGGUCAGCUGCGGUCCCGUCCUGUGCAGAUACUGCUGCACCAGCCUUCACCCGCUGCCCUUCAUCUCAGACCGUCUACGCUCCGUCGCUCUCCUCCCGCGCUACGGUCAGCUGGGCAUCACCUUCGGUUUCCGACAACUCCGGGGAAUCUAUUACCCCGAGCCUGUCAAGUAGCUCAAUCAGAUCUGGAAGUUCUUAUGCUGCAGGCACGUAUUCUGUAACUUACAGUGCUGCAGAUAGCUCUGGAAAUGAAGCCACUUGUCGGUUCUCGGUUACUGUUACAGUCAUACACUGCAGCAGUCUCUCUGCGUCUGCCCCACUCCAAGUGACCUGCCCGAAUGGAGCAAUACGAGGCUCGGUCUGUACUUUUGAAUGCAGUGUGGGAUACAGACUUCAGGGUCAAAGGUCAACGGAAUGUCAGAAGAGGGGGUCAGCGGGAUCAUGGGACCAGCCCUCGCCUACCUGCCAGAUUCUUCAAUGCCCUACCUUGGUUGCACCUAGUCAUGGACAAAUUAUAGGAGAUUGCUCAAGGAACUAUGGCUCCAGGUGCAACGUUGCGUGUGACAUCGGCUACGAGAUUAGCAAUGGUGCUCAACAGUGCAGUGCCCAAGCAGGAAGUACUGAUGCAUUCUGGGUAGGCUCAAGGCCCACCUGCACAAGAAUAUACUGCAGGAAGCCAGUGCUUACCACCGCUCUUCAGAUCAUAACCAGCCAGGCCUGCCCCACUGGCGAUCAGGUCCCAUCUGGUAAUCAGUGUCGGUUCUCCUGCAGUGAAGGGUACUAUCUUUCAGGAAAUGCUGCCCUCGCUUGUCAACAUGAUCGAACCUGGAGUCAAGCCGCACCAACCUGUCACUUGAUUACCUGUGCCGGGAGUGAUCUCUCUCCUCCAGUCAACGGUGAAAAGCGAGGAUGCUCCUCCUCCCGGGAGAAUUAUGGAACAGUAUGCACCCUGGCCUGCAGUAUAGGGUACUUACCAGCCACGCCCGUUCAAAGAACCUGUUCAGACGACGGUAACGGUGAUGGGUAUGGUGUCUGGACGGGACCCGAUCUCACAUGCACAAUUGUGACCUGCCCCGCCCCUACCACACCCAGCAACGGUCGAGUGACUGGAUGCCUGUACCAGGGUUCAUCGCAGGGAGUAGACGAAAGACAGAAGUACAGUUCAACCUGUAGCAUGGUAUGUUCUCAAGGCUUCAGUCAGACCGGAGGGUCAUCUACCACGGUCUGUCAGGCAGAUGGACAGUGGGAUGGUCAACAGAUCCUUUGUCAAGACACCACACCACCUGUUUUUGUGUGUCCAUCCAACAAGCGUCUGUUUGCCGGGGAAGACAGUACUACUGCUCCAAUACCUUGGAAUGAAUGGGAACCAGUCAUGGGUACUGAUCGAGGCGCCUCUUUACAUGCUACCCUAUACGCGAUAGACUCGAUAGAGGUCGGAUCUUCCAAACCAAACGUCCUCGUGGAAGGAACUCAUAGAGUUACAUACAGAGGGACGGACCUUGCGGGACACUCUGCUAUAUGCUCCUUUGACAUUGAAAUAGCAGUGUCAAGAUGCGCACCCGUUCCGCUCCCUGAGCAUGGUUCAGUAGCUCUCCUCUCCGGGAAUGGUCGAUGUGAAGAUGGACCCAUCUUUGGAGCAGACUGCCGCGUGUCGUGUGAGGCAGGUUACCGACUCUCAUCAGACACAGAUCACAUUGACCGAGUUUGCCAGAGGCUCACUGACAUAUCACCGAUUGGCUACUGGACAGGGCAGAAUGAGAUAUGCAAUGUGAAGAACUGCACUGUUCCUGCCGUCAUCAAUGGAUUUACUGAAGACUGUUCGAGGCCUAAGGUCUCUUAUCAAACAACCUGUCAAUUUCACUGUCAACCUGGGUAUAGCACGCCCUCUGGAGUCGAGUCUGUCACUCGGACUUGCCAGACUGACGAGACAUGGAGUGGACAAGAUCUUCAAUGUACAGUUACAAAGACCUGUCCUGCAUCAUUUGAUAUGGACCACGGGAGUGUGAACCCAGCUGAGUGCGAGUCAUCGGAUACUGUACGAUUUAAUACCAGGUGUGAAUUCGCCUGUGAUGCGGGUUACCAGAUACAGGGACCGAGUGCUCUUGCCUGCAGCACUGAUGGGGUGUGGAAUCAUGAUGUCAUACCAUACUGCAAAGACAUCCAGCCCCCAUCGUUCAGGGGACCUUGCCCUCAUGAGGUCACACUACCUGCUCAACAAGGGACUCUGGAGGCUAUGGUAGACUUUGAGGAACCAAUUCCAUUCGAUAAUUCCGGCCAAGUCAAUCUCACAAGGCUAGCUCCUAAUCAUGGCCCAGGGAGCACCUUUGAUGAAGGUGGUACAACUAUUGGUUACCUAGCAACAGACUCCAGUGGAUUAACGUCCAGGUGUGAUGUAGUCAUAACAGUCCAAGUUUACAGAUGUGCCCCUCAACAACCUCCUCUCCAUGGGAGUGUAGCAGGAUGUCCCGAUCCUUUCCAUGGCUUGGAAUGUCAUUUCUCCUGCGACGUAGGUUAUGACUUGAUUGGGCAAGAUACUCUGUCAUGUGAUCUGUCACCUGACACUUUCCCAGUGUGGAGUCAUGACGGACCAGUUUGUCAGAUACGGACAUGUCCAGCACUGGUCAUUGAUGAUCCGGCCACGCUGACCGGGUGUGGUCAACCAGAGGAGAUUGUACCUUAUGGGUCAGUGUGUACAUUCCACUGUCCAUUUGGUUACGAUGGGGAAGGGGAUAGGGAGAAGAGGUGUCAGGCCGAUAGAACAUGGAGUAGCACUGAUUUUACCUGCAGUCGUAAAUCCUGUCCAGCUCUUGUGGAGACGUCAAAGAUAUCGAUCGAACUUGAAUCUUGUCUAUCAGACCCACGCUUUGAGGAUACGUGUAACCUUGCAUGCAGGACUACAGGGUUUGAGAUUAGGCCUUCCAGUCUCAGAGAGACCAUGUGCUCUGGGAACAAGACCUGGACUAAAGACGUAGGCCAGGCCCAGUGUAUAGUUUGUCUACAGCCAGUAUGUCUACUUACCAUUUAG